CGACGCGCUCCCGCCAGCCGCGGCCGGAGACGAGACGAGACGAGAGCAAGACUGGCCGCCGCAGCUCCGCCUCCUCCCUCGCCGCCUCGCCGCCUCCUGCCGCUGCGGUUGCUCCGGGCCGGCGGCCGCCGCCUCCUCCUCCUCCUGCUGCUGCUGCUGCUGCCGCGGCUGGGCUGGGCUGGGCUGGCACGUGGCGCGGGGCGCGCGUAGGCCGGCGCGGCGGCGGGGAUGGGCAGCCUGGUGCUGGAGGAUGGGACGGUGCUGCGCGGGCGCCCCUUCGGGGCCGCGGGGGUCGCCGCCGGCGGGGAAGUGGUCUUCCAGACCGGCAUGGUGGGCUAUCCCGAGGCGCUGACCGACCCCUCCUACAAGUCCCAGAUCCUGGUCCUGACCUACCCGCUGGUGGGGAACUACGGGGUGCCUCCCGACGAGCUGGACCGCUUUGGCCUCAGCCGGUGGUUCGAGUCCAGCCGCAUCCACGUGGCUGCCCUGGUGGUGGGUGAGUGUUGCCGCAGCCCCAGCCACUGGAGUGCCACGCGCUCGCUGGACCACUGGCUGCAGGACCACGGGGUUCCUGGCCUGGAAGGGGUGGACACGCGGGCGCUGACCAAGCGGAUCCGGGAGAAGGGGAGCUUGCUGGGCAGGCUGGUGCUGGAUGGGGCCCAUAACGCAACCCUGCCCUUUGAGGACCCCAACCAGAGGCACCUGGUGAAGGAGGUCUCGCUGCAGCAGCCUCGGGUGUUCAACCCUGGCGGGUCAGUCCGGAUCACCGCGGUGGAUUGUGGCCUGAAGUACAACCAGAUCCGGUGUCUGUGUGAACGGGGCGCUGCCGUGACGGUCGUGCCUUGGGAUCAUCCCUUGGACAGCACUGAAUUUGACGGCCUCUUUGUCAGCAACGGCCCCGGAGACCCUCUGCUCUGCCAAGCCACGAUUGCCAGCCUGGGCCGCAUUCUGCAGCUUCCGGCCCCCAAACCGGUCUUUGGCAUCUGCCUGGGCCACCAGCUGCUGGCGUUGGCCAUCGGGGCCAAGACCUACAAGCUGAAGUACGGCAACCGGGGCCACAACCAGCCCUGCCUGCUGGAGGGCUCCCAGCGCUGCUUCAUCACCUCCCAGAACCACGGCUUUGCGGUGGAGCCUGCCAGUCUGCCCGCCGGCUGGAGCCCGCUCUUCACCAACGCCAACGACGGCUCCAACGAGGGCCUCGUGCACCACUCCAAGCCCUUCUUCAGUGUGCAGUUCCACCCGGAGCACAGCGCUGGCCCCACGGACCUGGAGUGCCUCUUCGACGUCUUCCUGGCGAUGGUGCAGAGCCCGGCUGCCGGAGGGCAGAGUCUCCAGACAGUGCGGGAGCGGCUGCAGAGCUGCCUGCAGGGGGCAGCAGCCCCGCCCGCCAGCGACGCGCCCCGCCCGCGGAAGGUGCUGAUCUUGGGCUCGGGGGGCCUCUCCAUCGGGCAGGCGGGCGAAUUCGACUAUUCCGGCUCCCAGGCCAUCAAGGCCCUGAAGGAGGAGAACAUCCAGACGGUGCUGAUCAACCCCAACAUCGCCACCGUGCAGACCUCGAAGGGCCUGGCGGACCGCGUCUACUUCCUGCCCAUCACUCCCGACUACGUCACCCAGGUGAUCAAGAACGAGCGCCCAGACGGGAUCCUGCUGACCUUUGGGGGCCAGACGGCCCUGAACUGCGGCGUGGAGCUGACCAAGGCGGGCGUGCUGGAGCGCUACCACGUCCGUGUGCUGGGCACGCCGGUGGCCUCUGUGGAGAUGACGGAAGACCGCAAGGUCUUUGUGGAGAAGAUGGAGGAGAUCGGGGAGCACGUGGCGCCCAGCGAGGCCGCCUCUUCCCCCGAACAGGCCCAGGCAGCUGCGGAGCGGCUGGGCUACCCGGUGCUGGUGCGCUCGGCCUACGCGCUGGGCGGGCUGGGCUCCGGCUUUGCCAACGGGCAGGAGGAGCUGGUGGUGCUGGCCAGCCAGGCCUUUGCCCACACCUCCCAGGUGCUGGUGGACAAGUCGCUCAAGGGCUGGAAGGAGAUCGAGUACGAGGUGGUGCGGGAUGCCUACGACAACUGCGUCACGGUGUGCAACAUGGAGAACCUGGACCCCCUGGGCAUCCACACCGGGGAGUCGAUUGUGGUGGCCCCCAGCCAGACGCUCAACGACAGGGAGUACCACCUCCUGCGUGCCACCGCCAUCAAGGUGGUCCGGCACCUGGGCAUCGUGGGAGAGUGCAACAUCCAGUAUGCCCUCAGCCCCGAGUCGGAGCAGUACUAUAUCAUCGAGGUGAACGCCCGGCUCUCAAGGAGUUCGGCGCUGGCGAGCAAGGCCACUGGCUAUCCCUUGGCUUACGUGGCUGCCAAGCUGGCUUUGGGCAUCCCUUUGCCUCUCCUCAGGAAUUCGGUCACCACCUCCACCACGGCCUGCUUUGAGCCCAGCCUGGAUUACUGUGUGGUCAAGAUCCCCCGCUGGGACCUCAGCAAGUUCUUGCGUGUCAGCACCAAGAUCGGCAGCUCCAUGAAGAGUGUGGGGGAGGUGAUGGCCAUCGGGAGGAGCUUUGAGGAGGCCUUCCAGAAGGCGCUGCGCAUGGUGGACGAGAACUGCGUGGGCUUCGACCACACCGUGAAGCCGGCCUCUGACAUGGAGCUGGAGACACCCACGGACAAGCGGAUCUUCGUGCUGGCGGCUGCGCUGCGGGCCGGCUACUCCAUCGAGCGCCUCUACGAGCUCACCAAGAUCGACCGCUGGUUUCUGCACAAGAUGAAGAGCAUCACGGACCACACCCUGUGCCUGGAGUCGUACCGCCUGGCCGAGCCCGGGGCCAUGCCGCCCGCCGUGCUGAAGCUGGCCAAGCAGCUGGGCUUCUCGGACAAGCAGGUGGCCCAGGCGGUCCUGAGCACAGAGCUGGCCGUGCGGAAGCUGCGCCACGACCUGAAGAUCCUGCCGGUGGUCAAGCAGAUCGACACGGUGGCGGCGGAGUGGCCGGCCCAGACCAACUACCUCUACCUGAGCUACAACGGGGCCGAGCACGACCUGGCCUUCCGCGAGCCCCACGUCCUGGUCAUCGGCUCGGGGGUCUACCGCAUCGGCAGCAGCGUGGAGUUCGACUGGUGUGCCGUGGGGUGCAUCCAGGAGCUGCGCAAGAUGGGCUACAAAGCGAUCAUGGUGAACUACAACCCUGAGACCGUCAGCACCGACUACGACAUGUGCGACCGCCUCUACUUUGACGAGAUCUCCUUUGAGGUGGUGAUGGAUAUCUACGAGCUGGAGAACCCCGAGGGCAUCAUCCUCUCCAUGGGGGGGCAGCUCCCCAACAACAUCGCCAUGGCCCUGCACCGCCAGCAGUGCCGCAUCCUGGGCACCUCCCCGGAGGCCAUCGACUCGGCCGAGAACCGCUUCAAGUUCUCCCGCCUCCUGGACACCAUCGGCAUCAGCCAGCCGCUCUGGAAGGAGCUGUCGGACAUGGAGUCGGCCAAGCAGUUCUGCUGCAAGGUGGGCUACCCCUGCGUGGUGCGCCCCUCCUACGUGCUGAGUGGGGCCGCCAUGAACGUGGCCUACUCGGACAGCGACCUGGAGCGCUUCCUCAGCAACGCCGUGGCCGUCUCCAAGGAGCAGCCGGUGGUCAUCUCCAAGUUCAUCCAGGAGGCCAAGGAGAUCGACGUGGACGCCGUGGCCUGUGACGGGCAGGUGGUGGCCAUUGCCAUCUCGGAGCACGUGGAGAACGCCGGCGUCCACUCGGGAGACGCCACGUUGGUGACGCCCCCGCAGGACAUCACGCCCAAGACGCUGGAGCGGAUCAAGGCCAUUGUGCACGCCGUCGGGCAGGAGCUGCAAGUCACGGGCCCUUUCAACCUCCAGCUCAUCGCCAAGUCCGACCAGCUGAAGGUGAUUGAGUGCAACGUGCGGGUCUCGCGCUCCUUCCCCUUCGUGUCCAAGACGCUGGGCGUCGACCUGGUGGCCUUGGCCACCCAAGUGAUCAUGGGAGAAGAGGUGGAGCCUGUGGGACUCAUGGCAGGCACCGGCAUUGUGGGCGUGAAGGUGCCCCAGUUCUCGUUCUCGCGGCUGGCCGGGGCAGAUGUCGUGCUGGGGGUGGAGAUGACCAGCACGGGCGAGGUGGCCUGCUUUGGCGAGAACCGCUGCGAGGCCUACCUCAAAGCCAUGCUGAGCACCGGCUUCAAGAUCCCCAAGAAGAACAUCCUGCUGACCAUCGGGAGCUACAAGAACAAGAGCGAGCUGCUGCCCACCGUGAGGACCCUGGAGGGCCUGGGCUACAGUCUCUAUGCCAGCCUGGGCACGGCAGACUUCUACACAGAGCAUGGCAUCGAGGUGAUGGCCGUGGACUGGCACUUUGAGGAGGCGGAUGGCGGCGAAAUGCCCGGCAAGGAGGGCCAGCAGCGCAGCAUCCUGGACUACCUGGCCGAGAACCACUUUGACCUGGUGAUCAACCUGUCCAUGCGCAACUCGGGGGGGCGCCGGCUCUCCUCCUUCGUCACCAAGGGCUACCGCACCCGGCGCCUGGCCGUGGACUACUCCGUGCCCCUCAUCAUUGACAUCAAGUGCACCAAGCUCUUUGUCGAGGCCCUGGGCCAGAUUGGGGGGGCUCCUCCGCUGAAGAUGCACGUGGACUGCAUGACCUCGCAGAAGCUCAUCCGCUUGCCCGGCCUGAUCGACGUCCACGUGCAUUUGCGAGAGCCAGGGGCCACCCACAAGGAGGACUUUGCCUCGGGCACGGCGGCCGCCCUGGCUGGAGGGGUCACCAUGGUGUGCGCCAUGCCCAACACCUGCCCUGCCGUGGUGGAUGCUUCGUCCUUUGCUCUGGUGCAGAAGCUGGCCGAGGCAGGGGCUCGCUGUGACUUUGCCCUCUACGUGGGAGCCUCCUCGGACAACGCCAGUUCCCUGGGGCCGGUGGCUGCCGCCGCGGCCGGCCUGAAGAUGUACCUGAAUGACACCUUCUCGGACCUCAAGAUGGACAAUGUCUCUCUCUGGAUGGAGCACUUUGAAAAGUGGCCCAAGCACCUCCCCAUCGUGGCCCACGCCGAGAAGCAGACGGUGGCCGCCAUCCUGAUGGUGGCCCAGCUGUACCACCGCCCCGUCCACAUCUGCCACGUGGCCCGCAAGGAGGAGAUCUUGAUCAUCAAGGCCGCCAAGCAGAAGGGCAUCGAGGUGACCUGCGAGGUGGCCCCCCACCACCUCUUCCUGUGCCUGGAGGACCUGGGGCGGGUGGGGGAAGGGCGGGGCCAGGUGCGGCCCAUGCUGGGCACCCGCGAGGACAUGGAGGCCCUUUGGGAGAACCUGGACACCAUCGACUGCUUUGCCACGGACCACGCUCCCCACACGCUGGAAGAGAAGCUUGGGAAGGAGCCUCCGCCUGGCUUCCCCGGCCUGGAGACCAUGCUGCCCCUCCUGCUGACGGCCGUGUCCGAGGGGCGCCUCACCCUCGAGGACCUUGUCAAGCGCCUCUACGAGAACCCCCAGCGCAUCUUUGGGCUGCCAGUGCAGGACGACACCUACGUUGAGGUGGACCUGGAGCAGGAGUGGCUGGUGCCCCCCCACAUGGCCUUCAGCAAGUCCCAGUGGACGCCCUUCGAGGGGAUGCGGGUGAAGGGGACCGUGCGGCGCGUGGUCCUCCGGGGGGAAGUGGCCUACAUCGACGGGCAGGUUCUUGUGCCCCCAGGUUAUGGGCAGGAUGUGCGGAAGCAGCACCCGGCACCAGCCAAGGAGAGCCUGCAGACGCCUGAGCGCUCCCGCCCCACGCUGCCGCCGGUGCUGGAAGUUUUGCGUGGCCGAUCGUCCAGCCCCCGGCGACCGGGCCCCAUGGGAGACGGCCGGUUCCACUUGCCCCCCCGCACCCACCGUGCCUCCGACCCUGGGCUGCCAGCUGAAGACCUCCGGGAAAGGGUUGCUGCCAAGAAGGCCACUGAGCCCGACCUGGCCAUGAUCCAGGACGGGCCCCUGUACCUGGCAGGCCCCUUGCCCAGGCAGACGUCCCCUCAGAGCCUGCCUCACCCGCAGACCUCGCCGCUGCUCCACCCCCUCGUCGGGCAGCACGUUCUCUCCGCCAAGCAGUUCACCAAGGGCCAGAUGUCUCACCUGUUCAACAUUGCGCACAACCUGCGCAUGAUGGUGCAGAAGGAGCGCACCAUCGACAUCCUCAAGGGGAAGGUGAUGGCGUCCAUGUUCUACGAGGCAAGCACCCGGACCAGCAGCUCCUUUGCGGCGGCCAUGUCCCGCCUGGGGGGCUCCGUGCUGGGCUUCUGCGAGGCCACCUCCUCCUGCCAGAAGGGCGAGUCGCUGGCGGACUCCGUCCAGACCAUGAGCUGCUACGCCGACGUCCUGGUGCUGCGGCACCCCCAGCCAGGCGCAGUGGAGCUGGCCGCCAAGCACUGCCGGAAGCCUGUGAUCAAUGCAGGCGAUGGAGUCGGGGAGCAUCCCACGCAGGCCCUGCUGGACAUCUUCACCAUCCGGGAGGAGCUCGGCACAGUCAACGGCAUGACGAUAACCAUGGUGGGUGACCUGAAGCACGGGCGCACGGUGCACUCUCUGGCCCGCCUCCUGACCCUCUACCGCGUCAGCUUGCGCUACGUCACUCCGCCCAACCUGCGCAUGCCCUCUGACAUCUUCCACUUCGUGGCCUCCAAGGGCAUCAAGCAGGAAGAGUUUGAGAGCAUCGAGGAGGCCUUGCCGGACACGGAUGUGCUCUACAUGACCCGCAUUCAGAAGGAGCGCUUCGCCUCGGCCCCGGACUACGAGGCGUGUUUUGGGCAGUUCAUCCUGACGCCCCACAUCAUGACCAGAGCGAAGAAGAAGAUGGUGGUCAUGCACCCCAUGCCCCGCGUCAACGAGAUCAGCGUGGAGGUGGAUUCGGACCCCCGAGCAGCCUAUUUCCGGCAGGCGGAGAACGGCAUGUACAUCCGCAUGGCGCUGCUGGCCACGGUGCUGGGUCGGUACUGAUGGGCAAGCACCUGCCUGCUUGGCCUGGCACCUCAUCUCACGCCACCAAAAACCAAGCAGCUGCUGCUGCGGGCAGGAAGGGCUGAUGCCGGCUCUGCAGGGAGGGGAGCAGAGUGUCUGUGCUGCACGCCGGCUCCUGCCCUCCGUGCCCAGCCCCUUGGGCCCUGCUCCUCCGCUGCUCCUCCGGGGCUGAGCUGGGCCCUGGAGGCAUUCGGAGGCCAGGGCUCCCUUCCGGUUUGGGUCCAGGCCCUGUCUGACUUGAGUGCCCCACCUGGGUGCAGGGGGGUGGGGGGGGCGCCUUCAUGGACCUUUCCCAGCGGUGACACAUUCCAGAGCGCCCUCCCCCCCCCCUUGGGUCCACUGCCCUCUGCAGUGACUUUUCUACACACACUGUGAGCCGAAGGGCUUUCCUUGUCUUUGUGUUUAUUUUUAAAAAUAAAAGUGAGUUGGAUAUAA